CCUGAACAGUGUUUUUCGUUUUUCAAUACGGAUGUGUUCGAUUCCAUUCAAUGGACAUUAGUAGUAAGCUCAGAUUUAGAAAAUUAUAAUACACUAAUUCGGUCAUGCUAUACAUGUCUUAAAUGUUGCUAUUUUAAGUAACCCCGACUGUGGGAUGUGAAUAUGCCGAAGAAAUUAAAGAAAUCUAAACCCAUGAAAAAAGCUUCUGCCCCUGUGCCUGACCUGACAGAAGAGCCCCAGACAGCACAGGAAAGCCUUAGCAAUCCAGCGCCUGGGCAGCCGAGUGACCAGGGAAUAAUGAAGAAGAAAAAGAAAAAGAAGAAACAGCAGAAAUUGACAAAAGAGGAAAAGAAACUGGCGAAACUGGAGAAAGCCAGCAAGGAAUUCCAGUCAAACACUGAUGAGUACGAGCGGUUUCUGGAUCGGAUGGAUAUGUGGAUCAGGGAUCACCAUCGCCUGGCAAUGCAACUCUUCACAGCCUAUGAUAAGAGUGGGACAGGGACUCUGAGCAGCGAGGAUUUUCAGCUGGGCAUGAAGGACCUGGGUAUCCCCUGUGUUGAAGUCCAGCUCCACAUCCUGACUAAACUACUUGAUCACAACAACAAUGGGAGCAUAGACUAUGUUGAACUUGGCACAGGUCUACAAAAAGCAAGGUUCCAUGACUCAAAAGCUGCUUCUGCUGAUGAGGGAGAGGAUCUAGAUGAGGAAAAUAAGGGAGAGGAUGGAACAGAGGGAGAAAGAGACCCCACUGAAGAAUCUAAGCCUGUUUUAGAGUGCACUAAAGAGAAGCUGGAGCCGUGUACUGUAUGUCAGCUGGGACUCUGGAAACCACUGCAGACAGACAGAAGGUUCCUAUUUGUGAAACUAUGGCUCAUAACUUUCGAUAAUGUCAAAUCCCACCCUGGGCAUUUUGAAGAGGUGGUCCGCUCCAGCAUCAAAGUGUACGGUUUGAUAAAAAGGAUUCGAGAGUAUGUGGGAAUUGAAAGCACAAAGCUGAAGAUUUUCAAGGAUAAAACGUGUUCCCAGCAGUCUUUUCUUCCUCCAGACCAGUCUCUGGAAGAAUGUGGCUUUGUUGGGGGCCCUCGGCAAUCUCCUUACCUUGCCACGCUGUACUACGAUUAUACAGUUGACUUUCACGACAGUCCAAUUGUAAACUGUGACCAUUACUUUGGCUUUAGAGGGCAGUAAAAGCUUGGAGGUUGUGCUUUUAUCCACAUCACUUAUCUAAAGCAAGACUUCCUUGUUUAAAUGUAUAGUGUGUGUGAAACUAGUCUGUGCCUAGAACUCUGUUUUGCACAGUUUAUCUGACACCAUUAACAAUGAGUUACAAUGCAGUCAACCAAAUAUUUAUUGAAUUACCAAAAUUCCCUUUCUAACAGUAAUUAAUACAUGCACACUGGUAUAUCUAAUACUUAAGUGGUUUGUUUACAAAAGAUAAACCAUACUGAAAAGACUUGUAAAAGUCUUACAUGCUGCAGUACAUCGACACAAACUUGCACAUAGUAUUGUAAAAGCCAUUGAGCACAAGUAAUUUUGAGACAACUUUUUCUAGUUGAAUGUAACAUUUCCAAGCAAUGUUCACCUCUAAGCUAUUCAUGGGUUCUGGAAUGUUCCAUACUAGCUGCUUGAGAGCUGCAUGAUUAAGAGAGCACAGCCAUGUAUUUGUGUGGUCCUCAGGUCUGAGCUAAGCCACACUCUUCACCCUUUAUUCUGUGUGAGUGUGUGCUAUGACAAGGCAGGCUAAUAGCUUAAGGAUUAAAGCACCAGCACCCUCUAUGUAGCACCUUGGUAGUUAUGCAUAUGGAAUGAUGACCUUCAUGUGCUGGUGCAAGUUGACAUCUACUGGCCACUGUUAGAGCUACCUUUGACACACAGGUAGUGUGAUAGGCUGUUAGAACCAGCAGUGUGUGUGAGUGUCUUAGCUCUGUGUAUGGGGAGCUGUGUCUCCACUUUAAAAGCCUACCUGAAGGUGAAUAGGUGAAUUGUUUUAAAUUAUUCAAAAAAAAAAAAAAAAGCUCUUAAAUGCUUUGUCGUGCCCAUCUUGGCUGCUUCACCUUUCGAUAAGUAUGUGGAACUGCAAUGAGUUUUGUUUGUAGAAUAAAGAGAGUGCUGCUUAAUAAAUAUGGUCAAAGCUGUUACCUUUUCAGAGUUUGAGGUUCUGUGUUUUUGCUGAGAUGGAAAAUUUUACCAUAACUAUUUUUAACAUUACUAUAGUCUGGACUCUUUUUUUAAUGAAUGAAUGAAUGGGUUGACUUUGCCAGCUGGAAACAUAAACAUGUUGUUGAUUUGAAUGACAUCACAUUAUAUAUCUGUAGUGUGUUAUUAAGUUUCCUUUUUAUACAUAUAACAAAUGGGGCCCUUGUCACAAAGAUUUA